AUGACUGUCGGUGUAAACAGUUGGUCUUUAUUCUAUGGUUGUACCGUUGUACGGGUUGCACCGUCGCACUCGUAUAUAUCCCUGUCGUGCUUGUGUCAAGUGUCACGGUUCGUCCUAUUGUGUUCGCGUAGCACUUCGGAGAUGACUGAGAAUAUUUUCCUCUUCGUUCCGAACAUCAUCGGAUAUGGACGCAUCAUAUUGGCUCUCCUGUCAUUUUACUUCAUGCCAACGAACUGUCUUGCUGCAUCAAUUUGCUAUGGAGUUAGUGCAUUUCUGGACUGCAUCGAUGGCCACGCUGCAAGAAUGUUCAAUCAAAGUACCAAGUUUGGUGCCAUGCUUGACCAGCUCACAGACCGUUGCGGCACCAUGUGCCUGCUUGUGAUUCUGGCACAGUUCUACCCGAGCUACACCUUCUGGUUUCAACUCAGCAUGGCCAUUGACAUCGCCAGCCACUGGCUGCAUCUGCACACGUCCCUUCUUUCUGGCAAGGACAAUCACAAGAACCUGGAUGCUAAUGACAAUCCCAUCAUGAAACUGUACUACACCAACAAGCCAAUCUUGUUCACAAUGUGUGUGGGAAAUGAAGCAUUCUAUGGUGGCCUCUAUUUGCUCCACUUCACUGAAGGUCCAGUGGUGCUUGGAUUAGGCCUCUUCAGAGCCAUGACCCUCAUCAGUGCUCCGAUAGCCAUCGCCAAGUCACUUGUAAGCCUUCUCCAGAUGCAGAUUGCUGCUGUAAACCUCGGUGCCAUUGAUGUCAGUGACCGCAGCAAACGCACAGAGUGAGCUGUUUGUGCACUGGUGCCACCACUGUGAAAUUAUGUUCUGGCAGCCACAUUGCCAAAAGAAGCGCACAGAUCACCUGUAUGUGCUCUGUCUUGCCAUGUUUCGGUUUUAACUUAAUGUGUUGAAGAAUUCCUGGGGCAUUUUGGGGAGAGGGGGGAAACAUGGGCAUAUUGUUCCUGAUAUGCACCUGCAAUUCCCAGUAUUUGUUUUGGCAGGAACUCAUUGUGUCCAGUAUUUAUUUCACUGGCUGAGUCUGUUAGUCUGUUGUGUAUAUUCAGUAGUGUUAAUUAGGGCUAGUAGUCUAUAGCCUCCUUACUUUCUAACAAUUAGUCAACAUCGGGGUUGUGUCAUGCAGCAAAAAAAUGAUUUUGUAUCAUGCGGCAAAAAAUGAAAAAAAAAAAAAAAUGGUGCACUCACUAAUGUGGAAUGUGGAAAGUCAUCAGCUUUUUAGGCAAUCCCUUUAAUUUUUCAAGUAUGAGGUAACACAUCACGUAUCAGUAUUACCAUUUAAAUUGUAUUUUGUGUUUUCUUCUACCAGGUGAUCAUAUUUAUGAUUUGCUGAAAAUUUUAAAAUUGCCAGUGGCAGGUAGCAAAAUUAUAGUCCUUGAGCUGGAUUAUUCAGAGGUGGACGUUACUUGAUAAGAAUUCAAAACACAUAUUCAACUAUUAACAAAAAUUUGUAAAUUAACUUCUUAAUUAAUUAGUAUGUUACUGCACAUAUUGCAAUUUACAAAUUGUAGCCGGUGAGUUUGCUAGACAUAUCACUUAGAAUGAAUUUUCUGGAUAACACCAGUUUCGAGAUAUUCAUCAUCAAAGUGUGCUAUGAAAUAUAUGGGUGUUCCAGUUACUUUUGUGCUUUCAAUGCAUAAAAUAGCGUUUUGUUAAAAAAGUAAGCGAAACAACAGUGCAUUUUUACCGCUUGUUUGAUGGCGCAUAUCUCGGAACCCGUGCCAUCCUCAAAAUUCAUUCCAAGUGGAUUUGCCUCGCAAGCUCACUGGCUACAAUUCAUAAAUUGCAAUAUGUGCCAUAAAGUAAUUAGUUUAGAAGUUAAUUAGUGAAUGUUUGUUAUUUAGUUGAUUAUGUGUUUCAAUUUCUUGUGCAAGUAAUGUCUGGGAAAAGGAAAAAAAUCGAGUUCUGCGAAUCCCUUACGGGAUUCCGCAGAACGGAUUUGCCAAGUAAUAUCUACAUCUCUUUGAAUAAUCCAGCUCAAGGACUAGAAUUAUGCUAUCUGCAGCAGGCAAUUAUUAAAAAUUCUGUAAAAUUCAAAAGGAUCACCCCAUAUAACCUCUUCAGAAGCCAAUUAAUUCUAUUCAUUGAAAGUUUAGUUUCCCCAUAUUUCUUGCAUCUUCAGAAUCAUGAAAAACGGGGCAGCUUCAGAACGGAUUAGGGAUUUUCAGUUCUUCAGUGAGUUUUCUCAAGUUUACAGAAUUUGGAUUCUAUUGUGGACUCUAUUGCGAGAACAACUCAAGAGAAAGCAGGAGCUUCAUCAUCCAUCCACCCGGCUUCCUUGGUUCAGCCUCCUGUGACCAUCCUGUCUUCCCACUCACACAUUGAGGAUGAAAGGUCGCCUUUUUAUUUGUUUUUUGUUAUUAACGAACGCUAACAGAUUAGCAGCUUUAGCAUGUGGUGCACAAUAUCGAAAUAAAGAUCAAGUGAGGAGUGGUGAAUACAAAAGUAAGUACAGAACACAGACUAACAAAAUAUGUGGCGGCAAUUCAUGGACUAAACGAGAAGCCACCUUUGGUCACAGUGAUUAAAUGAGGACACUAUUUGAAAAGUUAAGGCUGCAAUGAGGUCCUUCAGUGGGAGAGGGUUUGGCAAAACAGUGUGGCAAAACUAAACAAAUAUCUUCACAUUAUGAAUUAAAGAGUUUGUUUAACUUACGCCAAUAGUGAACUGGAUGCUUAUGAAGCGAUAUAAGAGAGUAAAACAAGGAUUUUUUACAAAGAGUUUACGUGAGCUUGCUGUAGCAUAUAGUAGUGGUGGAACGCUACAGUUGCAAUUGACAUAGUAUUGGCAAUCCAACAGAAAAUGUUGGCAUUGCUGUACAUCUCCACCAAGCAAAAUUUUCUGUACACAUUUCAAGGUAUGCAAAUCUACAUACUAGGUAGAGUGAUCAGAUGUCUCGGCUUAUGCAUGACUUGUGAUGCUCAAUUAAAUUUAAUUCUGGGGUUUUAUGCGCUAAAACCACAAUCUGAUUACGGGGCAAGCUGUAACAGGGGAUUCCGGGUUAAUUUUGACCAUCUGAGGUACCAAUUGCACGGUACACAAGCGUUUUUGCAAUCCAUCGGAAUGCGGCCCUCUAGGCCAUGAUUGUACCCCUGACUUAGUGCUCGGCAGUGGAACGCCAUAGUGACUGAGCUACCGCGGUGAGUACAUGUUAUGCACUUGCCUACAGUUUACCUGCGGUACAUACAGCUUUUGUAAGCAUGGUCCCUUCAUCUCAUUGGCACUGUGUAGUGUGUAAGUCUAAACUCUGCACCUCCAGCCAGACUAAACUGGUAUUUAACUUAAUGCUGGCAGGACAGGCUUGUGACAGCAGCUAGUAUAAGCACUGGCAGUGAAUAAUGCACUGACACCAAAAGGCAUAGGCAGUGACAUGAUGCAAAAUCAACAACACUAAAAGCACUGAAAGGUAGACUAGGAGUUUCUGCAGAUUCAUUGUUGAAAUAAGCAGUGUAACAUGAGAACGCUACCAAGAGCAGAAAACAGACGGCAACCUGCCUCGGUGACUCAGAGGCUAUUGUGUUCUGCUCUUGAGCACAAGGUUACAGAUUCGAUUCCUGGAUGCAGCAGCUGCAUUUUGAUGGGAGUGAUGUGCAAAAAUGCUCGUGCGCUUAGAUUUAGGCUCACAUUUAAGAACCCCAGGGGUCAAAAUUAAUCCGGAGCCUUUCACUACAGCGUGCCUCAUAAGCCACGGUGUAGUUUAAGGACAUUUAAACCCCAUAAUUUUUGUAAAAUAGACAGUGCAUGCAUUGUGCUCUCAACUGAAGUCACACAUAUUAACACACAUCCACACAAAAUAACGAAAUGUAAUAUUAGCAAGAUAUGUAAUUGCACUAUCUUAAUAGGCAUACUUUUUUUUUAAGUACUAAGGUGCCAUGGAUGAAAGAAUCACAGGAGGUGGGCUAAUGCAUCAUAAGAAUUGUGUGAGGGAGAUUAUUGAGGCAUUUCAUUGAAACAUUGAAAUGCGAGCUUUGUGGUUCUUUUGCAUAAGAGUCAACAUGUCUGGGCGCUGUCACAUUGGGGAAUAUACGAAGAAAACGUAGUCAACAUAUACAUACAUUGAUGGCAUUCAAAUGACGGAACGUUUCAUUCUUGUAACUUUCUCAUAUGGAAUAGAUGGACAUUGAUGGUGUCGUAAGUUAUUGCACCUAUGGUAUUUAUAAAGCCUAUGUGCAUUAGGUACUGCAGGUGUCAGUCAUAUAUUUUUGCUCACACUCAUUGUGGAGUUAUAUCCCAAGUCGUGGAAUGAAUAUCCCAUAUGGCAUUUAUUUUAAAUUUUUUCUGACAACUUAAAAAUGGGGAAAUGAAAGAAAUGUGCAAUGUAUCUUUUGUGGUGUUUGUUGGGUUGCUUUUCAAAAGCAAGUGUGCUGGUACUGUGGCACAAAGGAAUUUCUGAUGAGACCUCUAGGGAUACUCAUAAAAAUAGUUGGAACACUGGUGACGCCCAGUCAGCUGAUGCAGAAGAAAAAUUGUAUCUCUUCUUGUAUAUUGUACUUACUUUCAUCUAUUUGAGAUGGCAGUGCUGUGAAUCAGUGUUGAAAUGCAAACAUACAGUAGUGAUUCUUUUGUCUCUGUUUUGUCUUGUUGCAUCCGCAGCUGUAGCCUUUCGUGCUCAAUCAGGCCAACGCAGGCUUUGACGGUGGAAAUUAUUGAUAUGUACACAGGGCUUAACCAGACAUUAGGACAAUUAGUUAAAUGCACAGAUUCUCACAGGAGGAUGACCUUGCAUUACUUUAUUGGGAAAAGCGUCAUCAACACAGGAGGAGUCGGAAUGGGUUCCUGAGAAAGAAAGCUUUACAUUUGAAAAAAAAAUAAUAUUAUUUCGGGGAUAGAACCAGCUACCUUGGCGCUUCCUUGGUGGUUGCUGUACCAUCAGGGCUAAAUAGGAGACUUUCUGAUGGUAAGGUGAGAGUGAAUUAAAGGGACUGACAACCGAUUUCUAAAGGGGCCCUGAACCACCCCUCGGGCUUGGUGAAAUAAUGUAGUCCGCGGGUAGCAUAUGCUGCUGUGAAUAUCUCAGCCAAGUUUUGCUGUCGUAUGCAGUGCAUAGAGCUUGCAAGCGGAGCACGAAGUCACCUUUCUCUCAAACGCUCUCGUUUCAACAAAAGCCAUAAUCCUCACUCUUUUCUGUGUGCUUUAUUACGUAAUAAAGCACAUUCCUAUACGCGGCUGCUAUUGGUCGCGUCGGUCGGCUACACCGCGGCCGCCGCGAGGUGCACGAGUCCACUGCCUAAGCGCACUGCGGCUCGCUGAAAACAACCACGUUUGGCUUACGUUUAGUGCAUUGUAGGCACCAAAAUCGGAAGUCGUGGCGUCUGCAUUAACAUCCAAAAUGAAAUUUGAACUGCGCGCCACGGUGACAUUUCGAAAGCGGAACGUUAUGGCCCCACUCCGCCGUAGCCUUUGCAGUGCAAGGCAUUGAAGGAGGAGUGGAAGCACAGCGGAAGCCGUGUUUGAUUGCCAAUAAUUCCACUUCCGCUGAACGAAUUGAAGUACUUUUUGCGGCAAAGUAUUUCUGAAAUAGCUUAUUUUCACUUGAAAUGCCUUUCUCCACUUUGAUAAACAGUGGUUCAGGGCCCCUUUAAGGACCCAGCUUUCUAUGGCGAAAUGAAACGCUCAUUCUCGGAGGUGUUUCUACUUGCAGCAGUUACCUCCAAUAGCGCAGAUAUUUUACAAGCAGAAUUUUUCGAUCUGUGCAAUAAUAGGGGUCCUGACACCAGCAACACUGAGAAGUGAGAGAGAGAUGCCUAUAGCCCGCCUCGCUUAUUAGGCAAGCAACACAAUAUGUGGCUAUUGCAGGAAUGAGUCCAACUUUCAUUAUCAGUCUGCAUUUUCCACAUUUUCACCCCUCCGUAAAUAAAACGCUGCUGUAAAACGCUGCAUCUGUGGCUGCUGCAAAUCCUAGUGCUAGCUAGUGGAAAUGUGGUGCCCUCUUUUGGACGUGGACACUAGUUCUCACAUUGCCACUAUAGCCUUUGAGAAUGGGCUACAGCGCACACCGUCCGAUCUGGGAGGCUAUGGCGCCACUUUGCUACUCAUAACUAUAAUAGAUUUAACUGCGCGCAUUGUAGGUAACACAAAAAAUUUAUAAUAGAAAAACAUUUAUUGCAUUUCAAUAUUUAAAAAAAGGGCAAGGAGCUGCAUACACUAAUAGAAGGUCACGUGAUAAGGCGACCUAUCGUGUCAUUCUUUUGCCAUGCGAAGUUGCCAAAGGUCAUUUAUCGCAAUUUGUUAAGAACUAAAAGUAUGAAUCCUCGUUUAAUAAGGAAAACAGUGCUUGAUUCAAUCAAUACGAGACUCUUUCCAUCAGUGGGGCUAUCUCGAUUCAGGUUCUGUAACGGUUGUCUGUCUCUUUAAAAACUUAAACAGGAACAUUGAAUAAGCAAGUACGUCUGCGGACAUUUGCAAGGUGGAGGAAUUUUCUUGAAAGGAAAAACUCAUUCAUCAGAAAGAUUUGAGGUGGAUGACAAUUUUAAGUUUUCCAUUUCAUGAAGCAUCCCCCAGUGCAUUUCAGGUGUUAUGGAGUUCAUAAGUAAUUUCGUAUUUGCAGCCAGGUGCCAUUCCCAAAUAUGCAAUUUUGUACAGCUGGCAGUGUUCAGUGCAGCGUUCAAUGCCAAUACACAAAUGAAGUAAUUUAAACCUUAUUGCUUGGAUUCAUGUGGGUGAAAGUUUUCCCAAAUAGAAAUAUAAUUCUUGGCUUGAUUAUGGUAUGCCAGGACCACCUACAUGGCAGCUUAAGAUUGCAGGCUUGUUCAGGUUUAUUUUGAUGCAUUUCAUUAUUUUGGGGCAGAACUGUAGUUAUACUAAAUAUCACCAUUCAACGUGCACAGGGCAGAAGACAUGUUCAAGCAAUAGCUUCAAUAACAGUAUUAUAUUAUUUUGUAGAGCUAAGCUUUUGAGCGUCUGCAUUCAUGUAGCCUCACAAAUAUACUGCGCUAGCAGGACAACUGGGGUAAUUUGAACUUUUCAUCUUAUACCUUCAGGUUAUACUCACCCCUGCAGGCAUUUCAAAGCAUUUCAUGAAUUUGUUGGCUCAUGCAGAAAGUUCUCGCAGAUGGCAGUGCUGAGCUUAACAUUGACAGCUUAACAUAGACCAAGGUGUGAAUUGAAUGGCCAGGUUUUUCAUUCCACAGCUGCUCUGUGGGCUGUGAGGGAUGCUUCAAUGGGGAGCUUUAGAUCAAUAUACUGACUGUGUGUGGUUCUUUAACUCGUUUAUAAAUUUAGGUGCACCUGGUUGUUUUCUUUUCCACUUCCAUCAGAAAAACAAUCUUUACUUCAUGUUAAGUGACAUAAUGUCAUAGCCACCACAGGUAACAAAUUUUGACAAAAAGAGACUCUCUUUUACUGUGGACAGCAGUUAUGAGCUGUGCUAUGGGCUGAUUGUGUUUCUUCGUUCACCAUGCAUUGGUUCAGGUAUGGCACAAUGCAACGUUUAAAAAAAAAGGUAAUAAAUUCAAGCAAGUACAUAUGGUUCAAGCAAAUGAUCAUGUGUUUUCAAACAAGAAAUUUUGACCACUAAUGCAUGGCUAUUUCGUGCAAGUUUACAGACACUUGUGUCAGGAGGUAACAAAUGGUGGCAGCUUCUUGUCAGGACCUGGACAGAGACAUCAAUACAGUUUGAAGUGUAUUUAACUUGGACGGUGCAAAUCUCUGUGCUAUCUUCUUCCUACUCGCUAGACAGGCUGAAAUGGUGGUGAAGUUCAGCACCAUCACGGUGAUCUUUGAAACACCUGUUGUAAUAGGCUCAUUUUGCAGUGUUAAUUGAACACAGUGCCUGCAGUGGCGGUACACGUUGCACUGUGGUGUUUUCUUCCUUCACUUCAUUACCGUUCAUUGCCACGCUGUUGGCGAGAUUUGCAGGUUUGCAAAGAAAAUGCACAAAAAGAUGCACUAGAAGUAAAGGCAAACUCAAUAAAGGCCACUUUGCAUAAGGUUUGCUUAUUGCAGAUCUUAUGUGUCUUGCUUGCCAGCGGAUGAUGCUGCAGACACGCUUUCUGCAGCAAGAGAAUCGAAUGUCGCAUUUUAAUUUUAUGGACCUUUCCUAGAACAGCAUGGUUCACAUGCUGCCAUCUCAGAUGCGAAAACUUUGUGAGCAUGCACCUGCUUGUAAUGUUCUGUCAGACUUGAUUGUGUUGUGCAAACAGUGUCGCUUGCGUUCUGCUCUUUGCAACCCCAUGCCUCCAUUGGUGUGCUUACUCAAUUCUUUAGAGCCACAAGAGGUUUUAGUGAAAUAGAGAAGCUCGGAGGUUACAAGAAUUCAUUAUGUUUUGGCAAGUGUUGUAAGAUGUGUAUUGUAUGAUCAUGCCACAGUUUAUGCUUUCUGUUCAUGUGAUGCAGAAUUAAUGUUUGUGUUUGCGGGACACAGUCUACCUCACAUUACUGGCUUGCUUUGGAUGUGCACCUUUUGCACAGUUAAUGCCUUUAAACAUUCACAUGACUGUACAGUAGACUUAAGUUUGACUUAGGCUCUGGCUAGGUUUGAUUUCUUUACUCAAUUCGAUGUCACCGAAGGGCAUAAGCCGGCAGAAAUGCAGAUCUAUGGGAUCCGCCUUCCGUUACUUCGAUAAAAAAGAAAAUCUGUGAGACACUUCACUUUUGAGAGCAAAUUAAAUGUAAUCAUGACCGCUGAGGGGAAACUACACUUUCUCUGAUGAAUGUGUUUACACGAGUGCUCCACAACACAUUUGUCAUAAACAGGGUGUUGACGCCAUAUUACCGUGUCACUGACAUUCCCUCUGAGAAAUGUUUCAAGUUUAUUAUUCACCACGUUAGGAAUUUGGAUGCACACACAAAGCGACCUACCUUCUUACUAUUGAACACAACAUUCUAAUGCUUGCUACAAUAGACUCUAGUUCUCUAUGAAGCACGUGCAAAGUGACACAUCUCAUCGCAUCUGCAUUUUCACCGUUGCUCAUUGCAUUCCAAUAUAUUUGCAAUGCCUAGCUGUAUUCCUUGUUUUUUCACUAUCACACAUAGUGUUCCAAUGCUUGAAAUGCCCAAAUCUAGUUCUUUGAAGAGCAUGUACAAGGUGGUGUCUCAUUGCACCAACCCUAUUUUCACUGUCAUGCAAAGUGGUGCCUUCUCACAUGUGCACCAAGCUGCGUAACAUUCUUCUAUUAUGCUAUCGCUUCAAUGAAAUCGCCAAGGUGCAGUGGUUAGAACACAUGACUCACAACUGAAAAGUUACAAGAGUUGGAACCAUGCUAGGGACAAAGGUGUCUUUCUCUAAUGAAGGGCUUCUUUAUGUCAGAAAGGGUUUCUUCAUGGCAGACCAAAGGAAGGCAUUAGGUGUAGGCCUGUUUGUUAUACAUAGAAUGGUUAUUGAUACAAUGGCACAUGUUGGAUAAUUUGACCUUGGAUGAUGUCCAUGCAUGCAGGUGCACAGACAUUGGAAGCUGAAAAGCUGUACCAGAGUGAUUACCAAGAGCAUGCACUUCUAGUCAGGUACAAUAGUGGAGAACAACAUUAACGCCAAGCAAAAACCAGACCGUACAUAAUAUUCUGAUUGGCAAUCAAGGAAAAAUAGAAGGAGAAGGAACUGUUCAUUCCCACAAGGGCAGUGUCACAGGCUGUGUGCUGCAACAGGAGCUAUGGAUAUUGUUAUACUUUCUGCGGCAGGCGGGGCGAGAGAAAUGUAGUAGAAGUUCCCUCAAGAGGUGGAAGUGCAUAAGGGGGAGGAAUAGCAGCUGGAGAGUAUCCUGCCACCUGCAGCAGCUCAUCAGAUUUUGUAAACUUGGGUAACGAGGUCUGUGGCCUGAUGGCAAACAACCGUAAUCCUUAUGUGCCACAAGGAUUCUGUCAGGUAGCUUGAGGGUGUGUCUGCCGAAAGUUAUACUCAAUGCUACCGAGACAGGUGUACAUUUAAAUACAACACUGUGCAGUGUGACAUGCAUUUAAAAGGUAUUUCACUUGCAGACUUGCACAGAUGGCCAUUGAUAAGAAGAUUGAUUUGGCAGACAAUAUGAUGAGAAACUUGGAUGUCAUCUUGCCUUCUAAUUUAAUUCACAAUAUAAUUUCACUGAUUCUUGCAUUCCCUUUAUUGUGAUAAUAAUGGAAGUCAUCUGUACUCGCUUAAUUUAGUUUUCAAAUUGAGUUUCAUGUGUGUGCAAUGCGGAUGUGCACUCCUCUACUGGCUGUUUGUUCUUUUUCUGUAAAGUAUCAGAAAAUAUAGCAGAUUCAUUACAUGACUCCUUGAGCGACCAGAAGUCUGCAUACUUGCACCAGUAGAAGGAAUACUAACCAAAGCUGUCUGUUAGUCUUACGGAGAUUUGGCAUGACAUUCUCGUGUUUUGCAAACAUGCCAUGCACUAUGAAUGUACACACUAAAAGGCAUAUUUAUCAAACACUCGUGUUUAUAGUAUCACUUUAAAUGUGUAAAUAUUUUUGUUUGCACACGUGCAAUCUUUUUUUCUUGGUCCUUAUUGACUUAGAAUGCUGUCAGUUGUGUUCAAUGCUGACUUUAACUGCACUGAUGUAUUUAUUGCUGUCAAACUUGAGCGACACUUAAUGCUAGUGCACAUCUUCGUACAUAAUCCGUUCUUGUCAAGUGCAAUGCUGUAGUGAUGCUGUCAUGUUUGUGUAGCUUCGCAUUUCCUAGUUUUGAUCAGAACUGCUGCUGGUGUGACAAGUGUAGUUCACAUGCAUCUUCACUUUACUCAAGUGCCCUGCAGUAAAAUGCCCGUACAUUAAUUUACUUUCUCUCUUUUCAGAACCGUUGCUCGAUUCUGUGCAGCUGUGUAUGUUACAAGUGAAAAUCAAUAUCGAAUAGUGGCAUUGAAAGAACGAGAGAUUCAAAACUUUAUUAUGCAGUUCAUACAUCAUGGCAGCUUGACUUCUGCAAGUAUAUGUCAUGAUUAUUGCUAUACAAUCGCUUUGCAUGUGAUGGAGAGCCUUCACAUGGAAAGUUACGUGCACAAUGGGACCGUUACCAUUUUCUCAAGCGGACAAGUGGUGCAAGGUGCCAAAAAAAUGGUUUGUUUGGUUUUUAGCUUUAUUCUCAAGAAAGCUGCCACACACACAUAAAUUCAUCCUUUCUUUUUUUUUUUUUGUAUUGAGAACUUGUAUUUCGGAGAACCUACUGCAUCAGGUUGUGUCAAGGAUUGUGACGCUUCUGUGGAAGAAAGAAUGGCCUAGUAACAUUCCUGUGAUUAGUAUCAUGUUGAUGGUCGUUGAUGGUGUUGCCCUGUAUUAGAUGUUCAGAGUUAAAUAAACAGUUUAACUAUGUUG